AUUCUGUGCCACUCACAUCGCUGGCCCUAAACACACUAUUAUUAUUAUUCUCUUCAAUUCAUCCAUCGUUUUACUUUUCGAGUUCAAAAUUUAAUAACAGAAACAAAAUCCAAAACAAGAGAGAGAGAGUGUUGACACGACGGGAAAAAGGCUGUUUUUGCGUUUAUUCGCAAUCCAACAAGCCUCUUCUUCCCGUUUCAACUCUUCGCUUUCUUCUCUAGUUUUUCAUUUUCUCAUCUUCUCUCUAAGGUGUAAAAUUCAAUAUGGUUGCAACUGCUGCUACAUCAUCGAUUUUUCCUGUUACUUCAUCUUCAUCUGAUAGUGGUGGAAGGCCCCCCAAAAAUGGAGGUAGCCCUGCAAACCUUGGAGGAUUCAAAUCCAAACAAAGCUCUAAUGGAUUGAACAUUAAGGCGAAAGCAGCCCCUUCAAAGAUCAAUGGAACUGUGGUUACUUCUACAAAUGUAGAAAGUGUGAAGGUUGUUGAAAAUGGUUCAACAUCACAACAUCACCCAAGGACUUUCAUCAAUCAAUUGCCUGAUUGGAGCAUGCUUCUUGCUGCCAUUACUACCAUUUUCCUUGCUGCUGAAAAGCAGUGGAUGAUGCUUGAUUGGAAGCCGAGACGAUCAGACAUGCUUAUUGACCCUUUUGGUAUAGGAAAAAUUGUUCAGGAUGGUCUUGUGUUCCGCCAAAACUUUUCAAUUAGAUCCUAUGAAAUAGGUGCUGAUAAAACUGCAUCUAUAGAGACGUUGAUGAAUCAUUUGCAGGAAACUGCACUCAAUCAUGUUAAGACUGCUGGCCUUCUUGGUGAUGGCUUUGGUUCUACACCCGAAAUGUGCAAAAAGAACCUGAUAUGGGUUGUAACUCGGAUGCAGGUUGUGGUUGAUCGUUAUCCGACAUGGGGUGAUGUUGUUCAAGUAGACACUUGGGUUUCUGCAACAGGGAAAAAUGGUAUGCGUCGUGAUUGGCUUGUGCGUGAUGCUAAAACAGGUGAAAUUUUGACAAGAGCAUCCAGUGUUUGGGUCAUGAUGAAUAAGCUGACAAGGAAACUAUCUAAAAUUCCAGAAGAAGUCAGAGGAGAGAUAGAGCCUUAUUUUGUUAAUUCUGAUCCAGUUGUGGAUGAAGAUAACCGAAAACUACUUAAACUUGAUGAUACGGCUGAAUAUAUUCGCACUGGUUUAAGUCCCAGAUGGAGUGAUCUAGACGUUAAUCAGCAUGUUAAUAAUGUGAAGUACAUUGGAUGGAUACUGGAGAGUGCUCCACAACCAAUUUUGGAGAGUCAUGAACUGCAUUCCAUGACUUUAGAGUACAGGAGGGAAUGUGGAAGGAACAGUGUACUUCAGUCCCUGACUGAUGUCUCUGGUGCUGACAUCGGAAAGAUAGCCGACGGCGGAUUUGUUGAAUGCAAGCACUUGCUUCGACUCAAUGAUGGUGCGGAGAUUGUGAGGGGUAGGACUGAGUGGAGGCCAAAACCUGCCAACAAUUUUGAUGUUUUGAAUCAGGUUCCAUCACAGAGCACCUAAAUCUUGACUCAUUGUUAGCUGGAGGAGCUAGCAAGCAAGCGCAUGAUUAAAUGUGUUUACUAUUGAUUGAUGUGUUAAUUCAAUAGGUGAAAGGGUGAUAGAGUAGUGAAAUCCCAUUCUCAUUGUAAUUAGCUCUUACUAUGUUCUCCCUCUGCUCCAUCUUCCAUUUCAUAUAUUGUUAUUCUACUGCUAGGUGUCAUCAGUAUUAUUUAAUUGUUUCUACAAAAUAGCUAAGCAUGUAUAUUUAAUUACUCUUGUUAUUAUUUUACCGUUUCGCUUAUUUGAAAGUUAGCAACUUUUUCUGCCUAA